AAGUGCACUUGCCAACAUCGCUGGUGCAGCGAGUUACUAAUAGAGGUCGGGUGAACCUGCAUCCAACACCCCUAAUCGCUAUAUUGUGAUCAGUGUGCACGGUGAAUGUGUGUAGUGAUUGUGGUGCAGUUUGGCAUCCAGUGUACCUACCCCCCACGCAAUCCGAGUCAAUCGCUCCCGCAGCAGGUGGUUGUGUGAUAGUUAAGUGUUUCGCAAAGUGUGUAGUUUUCGUCCAAAGCAUUUGGACACGUGCAGUGCUCCGGUGGGAUAGAAGCCUUCUUUAGGCCUCCAUAAACUAGCGAGCAUACCCGUGUAGCAAAGAUAAAUACUCUAGUGCGCUCUGACUGCUGCCGGCUCGGAAGGGACAGCCCGAGUGACGAGGACGACCAGCGAGCCGUCGUCGUAGCCGCGACCAGCGUCACAUCGCAGGGCAGUGCCGGGAGCAGCAAACCCGCCAAAACGUCCAGCAAAAUGAGAAUGAAGCACAAAUCGCCCUGCCUGAUGCUCCGAUUCAUGCCUACGGAUAAACAUGCCAUCCAUGGUCAGCACAAACGGCACAAAGAUAGUUGCGAUGAUUCAUCGAUCGCCUCCAGCACCCGGGUUCCCCUGGCGCGCAGCUGUUCUAGUCCCGCGGUAUCAUACGACAUCGAAUCACACCCUGCGUCGCACGUGUUUCCCCAUCUGCUGCUCGGCAACGGUCGGGACGCGAUCGAUCCGUCAACCGUCGGUGCAAACUGCGUACUUAACGUCACCUGCCAGCAGCCGUCCGGUCAGCUCAAGCCGGGCCUCAAGUACAAACAGAUCCCGGCCAGCGACACGCCGCACCAGAACAUCAAGCAGUACUUCCAGGAGGCGUUCGAAUUUAUCGAGGAAGCCCGGAAAAAGGGAUCGACCGUGCUGCUGCACUGCCAGGCUGGCAUCAGCCGCAGCGCCACCAUCGCCAUUGCGUACGUGAUGCGCUACAAGGGCCUGUCGCUGCUGGAGGCGUACAAGCUGGUGAAGUUGGCGCGCCCGAUCAUUUCGCCAAACCUGAACUUCAUGGGCCAGCUGCUGGAGCUCGAGCAGAACCUGAUAGCGGACGGCAAGCUGGAACCGCCGCCACCGUCGCCCUCGCCCAUCAUGGCCCCGACCGGCCAGCCGCCCUUCUUCCUGAUCGACAACUGCACCAAGUACAACCCGCUCGCGGAGGAGAUGGUGGCCACCCGGCGCCAGCAGCGGCCCGCCAGCACCGACGAUGACGACGUGGUCGCCAUGGAGUGCGUGGACGAGGGCGACGAUAAGCUGGACGAGGACGCCGACUGCCAGAACAACAACCGCGACAGUGGCUGCAGCGUGGCGAGCAGUAGUAGCGCGACCAGCACCAGCUCCUACUCGUCCAGCGCGUCCUGCGGCUCCUCGUCAUCGUCGUCGAUGGCGGGCGUCUUCCGCGCGUCCAGCGUACUCAACGGCGUCCGGUUUCCGCCGCCACGGUUAACGCUAAAGCUGCCGACUACGCCGAUCUCGCCACCGUCGUCCCCUUCGUCGCUGUCGUCGCCGUCGUCGCUCUCGAACGCCUCCGGUUCGUCCUCGUCGACGCCCUCGCCCACCCUUGCCAUCCAUACACCGGCCAUCGGUGGCCGGAAACCAUCCUUCACCGGCAUUCGCCCCUCGAGCCUGACGGCGGUGGCGACCACGGCAGCCAACAACGCCAUCGCCAGCGAUCGCCGCAACGCGAACGCAUCCUCCUGAUCGAGGAACCGGCAACGCACGAUACGAAAGCGGCGCAAACGGCGGCAACGGCGGCAACGACGGCAACAACGGCGCCAUCAACGACGACGACGACAUCGAUGACGCAACGACGUGUCCUUACCUCGCGCCGGAAGUGGAAGUAAACGCAACCCAGCCCAGCGUCGUGCUGAACGUACCAGCAAAAAGCCUUCGAAAACACACACACACCCGCACACACAAAGUCACACGUUUGGCCGCGCGUAUGAAAGCCUAGCCGGCGCGUGUACAGUAGCACAAUUUUCCCAUUUGGAUCAUAUAUAGUCGGAGGCGCGUGUGCAUUCAACUUCACAAUACGUUGAUGGUGUCCAGCGUUCUUCGAUCAUCUGUAAAUAAUGUCACAUUUGGUCGUUUUUCUUUCCCAUUGUACUAUAUCGCGUAGGAAUCCCUAAACCCUUCAUACUUGAUAGAAACGCGGCCAUCGGGCCAUCGAAGGACCCAACACCCACGGCAUCCUGCGUUGUUUGUUCUAGGCUCCAGUAGCAGUUUUUAAGGCGUUUUCGUUUUACUUAGUAUUUUACUUUGCCUUGAAGCAGGGGCGACUUCCACAGCAAGCUGGAAUCCCAUUUUUUCGCGGCCUCUCCUGCACGCGUGUGUGUCGUUUAGGUAUUUAAGGUUGCAUUGCCAGGUAGUGGGGGAAAAAAGGCAAAAGAUACAAUUUAAACCAAGCCAUAUCAUGUUUGCGGCGUUCCAAAACGGCUGCUCGCUAAUUUCAUGAUGAUAAGAAUUAGAGAGCGAACCAAGGCAGGAUAGGUGGCAUUAGGAGGACGGAUGUGGGUCUUGAUUGUAGCUAAAACCACCCGUUUUAUCGUCCAAUCUUCUACCUUUCGCCACUCUCUUACUCCUUCCCUGUGAGAAACCAGGCCACUUUUCUAUACUGUAGAAACUCGCGUGUCAUCUAGCAGGAAGUAUCGGUCAUUACCGUGUUUUGCGUGUGUGUGUGUUUGCGUAUGCGUGUGUGUGUUUGAGAGAUAAAAGGACAUACAUAUAAAGAAAGAGAUAGAUAUAGAGUGCAAGAGAGAGAGAGAGCAACUUCCCCGUGUCAGAUGCAUUUAACUAACAGAACGCAAGAAGAACGGUGUUAACUCCAUCAAGCGUGUCGAUCACUCGAUCAGAAGAAGCUGGUGCAUCUGCAGAUUUUGUCGGCGGUAAUCUUCGAGCGUGAUUCGAGCAAAGUCAAAUAUGAGGAAAUUAAACUUAAGGAUUCGAAACAAAAAGCUAUAAACUAAAAAUAACGCACUCUCAAACAGUACACACGAAGAAUGUGUUGUCGUGGAUUGGACAAUAGAUAGAUUAUGUAGCGUAGCUGGAUUGAAUUGAUUGCAACGGAACGUAAAACAAACAGACACAUUCAUACACUUACACAAACACACAUAAACACAUACACACAUCCAAGGAUAAAAAAUAGAUGUAAUAUGAAACAACAAUUGUAAUAUAAAAAAGCGUACCUUAAACAUAGACCUAGAGUUACUGAGUUUGAACCCAAACGAGUGUGUGCGAUAAGUUAAAUUCAAGCGGUCAGAAGAACAAACUAAUGGUUAAAGAGUGGAAACAGCAAGUCAAGUCCUCGGAUUGGACGGCCACCCUUGGAGGAAAAGGGGGAGAGACAUUCAACCGGAAUUUUAAGAUGAAGCGUGAAAGAGCUGUGGAGAAGUGGACAAGUGUUCGCAAACCUAUGAUGGAUGAUGUGCACAUUUUGGUGUUUCGUGUGAUUUUUUUUUAUUUUUUCCUCCGGUUCUUCAAGAUAGAUGCAAGAUAAGAUAAGAAGCGGGAAGAAAUUCGUAAAAAAAAAUUGGCAAACAAAAACACCAAACAAGUCGCGAUCAAAUUGCGACUGCUCUCGGAACAUUGGUACUGAAACUACGAUAAGAUGGAAACAAACAAACAAACAAAUAAGCAAAAACCAACCUAUCAAAAUGGAAUUUAAUUACUGCGGUUUCUCCUCCCUCACCCCCCCCGCUUUGGGUACGGCUAAGACCAGAAAGUUAUUAGUCUUAAAAGUUCCAACAAAAACCAAAUGCUAGUCUUAUUUGUUAAGUAAUCCGCAGAGGAGCAAACCGAGCGACAGUUUAGUGCGGCAGUGUGUAUCAAAAAUAAUUGUAAAGAUUAUUAUUAUUAUUAAUAUUAUUAUUAUUAUUGCUACAAUUAUUACAUUUGAUAGUAAGCAAGUGAGCGCGAGCGAAGCAGAUGAAAACAGAAACACAAUUAUAGUGGAAAUAAAUAAAAAUGCAAAACAAACAUGUCAUU